AUGCAUGAAGCAUAUAACGCCCAUCCUUUGAUAAAAUUAUCGUUUCAAGUUGAAUGUAUUACAACGUAUGAUGAAAAUCUAUUGGUGGGUACUCGACAAGGGCACCUUUCUAUGUAUAGUGUAACAAGAACGGAUGAAAAAUGUGAAGUUCAACUAAUGAGAUAUAAUAAAUCAUUUAGUAAGAAAGCUGUACAGCAAAUAGAAGUUAUUCCUGCUCAUAAUAUACUCAUCAGUUUAACAGAUAAUCUAAUACAGUUACAUGAUAUGAAUGCAAUUAAUUUUAAUGUUAUACACCAAGUUCAAAAAUCCAAAGGGGCUACAUUUUUUGCUGUUAAUAGUGAAAAACAAAAAUCUCUUACAGGAGUCCCAACAGUAUUAGUAAGAAUUGCAGUAAUAGUAAAGAGAAAAAUUCAACUGUAUUAUUUAAAAAAUAAUGAACUGUUUGAAUUACAAGAUGAUAUUAACUUACCUGAUGUUCCCCGUUCUAUGGUUUGGUGUCAACAAUCUAUAUGUGUUGGAUUUAGAGGAGAGUAUGCUUUAAUUGAGUUUAAAGAUUCAAAAAUUGAAUACACCGAUUUAUUUCCUACAAGCAGCACAAGAUCAAAUGAUCCCUGUAUAGUGAAAGUUUCCGAAAAUACCUUUGCUUUAUGCAGGGAAUCCCAAACAGUUCUGGUAAAUGUAAAUGGGCAAACUGACAGAAACAAAGCUUUACGUUGGUCUGAUGUACCCUUGACCAUGGCUUGGGACGAGCCCUAUGCUCUUGGCGUUUUUUCCGACAGCCUUGAGGUGCAAACGUUGGAGCCAAAUGGUUUAAUUCAGUCCUUCCCAGAUUUGCAGAAAGUCAGGUUUUUGGUGCCAUGUAAACAAGGCCUUUUAUAUGCGGCCUCUAUAAGUCAAAUUUGGUGCAUUCAAGCAGUAGAUGUUGCUAAACAACGCAGAGUUUUGCUGGAAUCUAAGCAGUUUCAACUGGCUUUAAAUUUAACAUUGGUUUCCGAAGAAUCCGAAGACGACAAAAAAGAAAAAAUCCAUCAAAUCCAAACACUCCUGGCGUACGAUUUAUUCGCCAAUAAACAGUUCCACGACAGUAUGAAAGAGUUUCUUAAGCUUGGUACCGAUCCAUGCGACGUCAUCAGACUAUUUCCUGACUUAUUACCGCAACAAACCGGCACACCGGAUUUUCCGGAAAGUUCCAGGGACUUAACAGAAACAGAACUAGAGACUGGACUGUUGGCUUUAAUAGACUUUUUGACUGAGACGAGACUACAUAAACUACAUAAAAAACCGGAGGCAAAUAAGAACGCGACAGGAAAUCUAAACGAAAAAGGAACGAGCAAAUCCACCCAACAAUUGCUACAAAUUAUCGACACAACUCUAUUAAAGUGUUACCUACAAACGAACGAUGCUUUGGUGGCGCCACUUCUGCGUUUAAACUACUGCCAUUUAGCGGAGACCGAAAAAAUUCUAAAGAAAAAAGGAAAACACAACGAGUUGAUUAUUUUGUAUCAAACCAAAGGUCAGCAUAGAAAAGCCCUGGAAUUACUGCAAUCGGAAGGUAGUUCCGAGAGAACUGUAACCUAUUUACAGAAUUUGGGUACGGAAAAUAUGGGUUUAAUUUUGGAAUUUGCUGAUUGGAUUCUCAAGGAAUCUCCAGAGGAAGGUCUUAAGAUUUUUAUUGAAGACACAGCGGAAGUGGAAUUAUUACCAAGGCCAAGAGUAUUGGAUUUUCUUCUAAAAUUCCAUCCUGCUGUAGCCAUACCAUAUCUAGAACACGUCGUACACGUUUGGGAAGACACAAACUCAUUUUUCCAUAAUGCUUUAAUCCACCAAUACAGAGAGAAAAUCAUGGAAGAAAAUCUUCCAUCAACCUCAGAGCACACUAGAAAAAAAUUACUGCAAUUUUUAGAAAACAGCGCUUAUUAUACAGCAGAGAAUAUUUUAAGUCAUUUUCCCACAGAUGAUUUACUUGAAGCAAGGGCGAUUAUUUUGGGAAGGAUUAAUAAGCAUGAACAAUCCUUAGCAAUUUAUAUAAGAGUUUUAGGAAAUAUUGAUAAAGCAUUGGAUUAUUGCAAGAAAGUAUAUGAAAAAAAGUUACCAGGGCAUGAAACAGUGUACGUAUUUCUAAUUAAUCUUAUAUUGAACCCUGAUAGCUGUCAAUUAGCUCUCCCCGGAACGAUUUUAUCGCCUAAAACCGCUCAAGCAGACGUUGAAUUGGCCCUGAAGUUACUCGAAGAACACGCUAUGGCAAUGAAUCCGCUGGACGCCCUCAGGAUUUUGCCAGACAGCGUUUUAGUUUCCAGAGUCCAUAAAUUUUUGUUGGUAGCUCUCCAAAAAGUCAUUCACGAUCGAAGGCACAAAGAGAUGAUGAAAGGGUUGCUCUAUGCUGAACAUUUGCAAUGUCAAGAAAUGCGAUUGGCACUACAAAGUCAGCACGUUCUUAUAACUGAUAUCAAUGUGUGUCCUGUUUGUAAGAAAAGAUUUGGAAAUCAAAGUGCACUGGUAAGAUAUCCCAACGGGGAUGUGGUACAUUUUUCAUGUCAAGAGAAAAAAUAG